GCAGCCACUGCUAAGGCCGGUAUUGCGCUCGUCUGCAUGGCAAAGUCAUGAGCGCGACCCUCACCCCCAACUCCUCCCCCAAGGUCAGGCGCAAGGGCUCCUCCCGCCGCCCCCGCGCAGGCUCCUUCCUCCCCCCGUUCUCCCAGGACACCCACGACGCGGCCCUCUAUGCGAUCAGGACCUACCUCAAGGGGCGCACGUCCUACGACUCCUUCCCCGUCAGCUUCCGUCUCAUCGUCCUCGACUCCAAGCUAGAGGUGAGGAAAGCCUUGUCGUGUCUCCUGUCCAACGGCGUGGUCUCUGCACCGCUAUGGAACAGCGAGCAGUCCCGCUUCGCCGGCAUGUUCACCGUCUCAGACAUCAUCCACCUCAUUCAAUACUACUACCAGUUCUCCUCCUACGACUCUGCAGAGCAGGACGUGGAAACCUUCCGUCUGGAGUCACUAAGAGACAUUGAGAAAAAGCUUGGUGUAGCACCGCCCCCGCUACUCCGCGAAAAGCCUAGUUCCUCGUUGUAUGACGCUGCAAGGCUCCUAAUCCAGACCCAUGCACGCCGCGUCCCACUGCUAGACCAUGACUCGGAGACGGGACAUGAAGUAAUUGUGUCAAUAUUGACGCAGUACCGUCUCCUGAAGUUCAUCUCGAUCAACUGUCCGGGUAACAUCCAGCAACUACACCUCCCCCUACGGAAGCUGAAUAUCGGGACGUAUGUCACCGACUCAUCACCACCAGCUGAAGAUGUUCCAGAGGAUUACAACCGCUUCCAUCCCAUUGCUACUGCUACGAUGUCAACACUCGUCUUUGAUGUCGUGCACAUGUUCUCCGAGCGCGGCAUUUCUGCCGUGCCAAUCAUCGACGAGGAUGGCAUCGUCGUCAACCUUUACGAGACUGUUGAUGUCAUUGUGAGCGAUCCUUCCAUCCUCCUUAUUGAAUGUCUCAUCCGACACUUCGCUAUUAGGCCGUAGCAUUGCGUCUGCUCAGGGGCUCAUGAUUGACUGUAUCAUCUGCACUACAGGAAGAGGAACGGCGAGGAGGCAA